AUGAAUUUUAGUACACCAAAUAAUAAGCCAUUUGGUAAUGCUGGUACUGGAAACCAGAACGAUGCUAGCAAGCCAGCCUUUGGGUUUGGUACUAAUGUGAAUAAUACUCAACCAACGUUUGGAUUUGGUAAUAAUAGCAAUAAUGGUACUACUAAUAAUCAAAGUAAACCGGCCUUUGGGUUUGGAACUCAGUCUUCCACUGGACAAUCAGCUUUUGGCACUGCUACCAACAGUACAACACCGGCAUUUGGCUUCGGCAAUACUUCUACAAACACAAAUGAUUCUAAACCUGCCUUUGGAGGCUUCGGUACAGCGCAAACCAACACCACAGCUACGUCCCAACCAACCUUUGGUGGAUUCGGCUCAGCGGUUAAUAAUACCACCAACGCAUCAAAGCCAGCGUUUGGUGGUUUUGGUUCUUCCGCAACUACUACCAACACUACUAGUGCGGAUGCCUCAAAACCAACAUUUGGUGGUUUUGGUUCAGCUGGAACAGCUAAUACUAGUACUGGUGGUACUUCACAGCCUACAUUUGGUGGUUUUGGCUCCAGUAAUAAUACUGUUGCUGCCACGGGAGAUACUUCCAAACCAGCAUUUGGCGGUUUUGGUCAAUCUGCUUCUGGUUCUGAUGCCUCCAAGCCGGCUUUCGGUGGUUUUGGUGCCGCUUCUAAUAGUGCUACAACAGAUGCUGCCGAACCAGCUUUCGGUGGUUUCGGUGCUGCCGCUACCAAUACAACAGCUGCAGCACAGCCAGCGUUUGGAGGCAUUGGAGCUUCUACGACUGCUACAGCCAAGCCAGCAUUUGGUGCCCAGGCACCAACAUCAGCAUCCACUGAUGCCCCAAAACCUGCUUUUGGUGGUCUUUCUUCUGCUGCCACUACUACUCCUGGCAGUACCUUUGGCCAAACUGCAGCGGCAUCUACUGCAAACACAACAAAGCCAGCAUUCAGUGGUUUUGGAGCCAGUACCACGGCUAGCGAUAAACCUACAGCAGCUACUACUACAGCAUCCACCGGGUUCAACUUUGGAGCGAAGACAGAUAACGGUACGACGUCUGCCCCAACAUUGGGAUUUUCCAUAGGAGGCUCCACAGAAAAGAAAGACGAUGCUAAAGCAGCAUUUUCUUUUGGUGCCAAGAAAGAAUCGGAGACUAAACCUGUAGCUACACCUUCAUUUUCCCUAACAGCUACUGAGAAGAAGGAUGAGCCAGCUAAGCCAGCUUUUUCAUUCGGUGCUAAAAAGGAUGAGAAAGAACAGUCAGCAUCUGCCACUACAUUUUCUCUUGGUGGUGCUGAGAAGAAAGAACCCUCACCCGCAUCAGGGUUCUCCUUUGGUGCUAAGAAGACAGAGGAUACUAAGCCUGCUGCCAUUUCUGCACCAUCCUUUUCUCUAGGAAGUGCUGCUAAAAAGGACGACGAAGCUAAGCCAGCUUUCUCCUUUGGUGCUAAGAAAGAUGAGGAAAAGAAGGAUGAAGCUGCCAAGCCUGCCUUCUCUUUUGGUGCUAAGAAGGAUGACGAUAAGAAGGAUGAAGCUGCCAAGCCUGCGUUCUCCUUUGGUGCUAAGAAGGAUGAAGAUAAGAAGGAUGAGGCUGCCAUUUCUGCACCAUCCUUUUCUCUAGGAAGUGCUGCUAAAAAGGACGACGAAGCUAAGCCAGCUUUCUCCUUUGGUGCUAAGAAAGAUGAGGAAAAGAAGGAUGAGGCUGCUAAGCCUGCGUUCUCUUUUGGUACUAAGAAGGAUGAAGAUAAGAAGGAAGCUCCAAAGGUCGGAUUUGCCUUCGGUGCAAAGAAUGAAGAAGACAAGAAGGAAGCUCCAAAACUUGGCAUCUCAUUCGGUGCUAAGAAAGAGGAGGACAAGAAGGAUGAAGCCAAACCAGCUAUUUCUUUUGGUGCCAAGAAAGAAGACGAUAAGAAAUCAGAGACUGCCAAUAUCGGUUUAGCCGAUGGUAAGAACUUAACUACUAAAGAAGUUGAAUUGAAACCUAUUUCGCUUGAUAAUAAAACUUUAGACGACCUAAUAACGAGAUGGACCAACCAAUUAACCAAAAGUGCUAUACAUUUCAAUGAAUAUUCAAAAAAGGUCAAUGAAUGGGAUGAAAUGCUCGUUAGUGGUGGUGAACAAAUCAAUCAAUUAUAUUCAGAGACUUUAUUAGCCGAGCAAACGCAAAACAGAAUCGAUCAAACACUACAGUACAUUGAAAGACAGCAGGAAGAAUUAGAAACUUUCUUGAAUAAUUAUGAGAAGAAGACCGAGUCUCUCAUGGCAGAUGUGUUAUCCACGACAUCUUCAGGAAACGCCACUGCAAACAAUAACGACGAAAGAAGACAACAAGCCUAUCAUACGGCAGAGAACUUGGACGAAAACUUAAACUCAUUAUCUUUGAACCUAUCCACUUUAAUCAAAGAAAUCAACGAAGUCAGCACUACGUUCAAUAAGACUACAAGUAUAAAUCUAAAGAACCAAGACGAAAACACACAAUUGGUAAAAUUGUUGAACAUACAUUUGGAUGCGCUCAAGUCUUUGGAUAACAACUCUACUCUGCUUGAACAAAAGAUCAAGACCAUAGCCAAAGGAUCUCAUCUAAAAACAGCUGUAUAA